CCUCCGCUGAGGCUGAGGCGGCGCGGCGGCCGGGAGGGGGGCGGCUAGUGGCCGGAGCGACACGCGCCUGCCGCGACCCUAUGCAGUGACUCGUGCGGCGCAGGCGCCUCCUGCCCCGCCGGCGGGGCCCGGGCUUCCCGCGGCGGGAUGUUCUCCCGAAGGAGCCACGGGGAUGUGAAAAAGUCCACGCAGAAGGUGCUGGACCCCAAGAAGGACGUGCUGACCCGCCUGAAGCACCUGCGGGCGCUACUGGAUAAUGUGGAUGCAAGCGAUCUUAAGCAGUUUUUUGAGACCAACUACUCUCAGAUAUAUUUCAUCUUCUAUGAAAAUUUUAUAACACUGGAAAAUAGUUUGAAGUUAAAAGGGAAUAAUAAGUCACAAAGGGAGGAGCUGGACUCCAUCCUCUUUCUUUUUGAAAAAAUACUGCAGUUUCUACCUGAACGAAUUUUCUUUCGAUGGCAUUACCAGAGUAUAGGCUCAACUUUAAAGAAGCUUCUACACACUGGAAAUUCUAUUAAGAUAAGAUGUGAAGGAAUCAGACUGUUUCUUUUGUGGCUUCAAGCACUUCAGACAAACUGUGCAGAAGAGCAGGUGCUGAUUUUCGCUUGCCUGGUGCCUGGUUUCCCAGCGGUCCUGUCAUCCAGGGGACCCUGCACACUGGAGACACUCAUCAACCCUAGCCCUAGUGUAGUUGAUGCAAAAAUAUUCCCAGAAGAAAUCACCCCACUUCUGCCAGCUGUAUCAGGAGAGAAGAUUGCUGAGGACCAAACCUGCUUUUUUCUUCAAAUACUGUUGAAAUAUAUGGUUAUUCAGGCUGCAAGUUUGGAAUGGAAGAAUAAGGAGAAUCAAGAUACUGGUUUUAAAUUUCUUUUUACAUUGUUUCGGAAGUAUUAUCUUCCUCAUUUGUUUCCAUCAUUUACUAAGUUAACCAAUGUCUACAAACCUGUACUUGAAAUUCCCCAUUUGAGACCAAAGCCAAUAUAUGUUACUGUAACUCGAGAUAAUGAAACAACUUACAGUACAAAAAUUCCAUACAUGGCAGCGCGUGUUGUUUUCAUUAAAUGGAUUGUAACUUUCUUUUUGGAAAAAAAAUAUCUAACUGCAACACAAAACACUAAAAAUGGAGGUGAUGUAUUGCCUAAAAUCAGCCAGACUGGUGGUGGUGGUGCAGCCCAAGAAAAGGUGCCCGAGCUGGAUGGUGCUGGGUCCACAGAGCAGGACAAAAGCCAUUCUAACAGCAGCACCUUGUCUGACCGAAGACUCAGCAACUCCAGUCUUUGUAGCAUUGAAGAAGAACAUCGAACAGUGUAUGAAAUGGUGCAGCGGAUCCUCCUGUCAACACGGGGUUAUGUGAAUUUUGUGAAUGAAGUAUUUCGACAGGCAUUUUUGUUGCCUUCCUGUGAGAUAUCUGUAACAAGAAAAGUUGUUCAAGUAUACAGGAAGUGGAUUCUCCAGAACAAACCGGUGUUCAUGGAGGAACCAGAUAAAAAGGAUGUUGCCCAGGAAGAUGCUGACAAAUUAGGACUCUCAGAGACUGACUCCAAGGAGGCCUCAUCUGAAAGUUCUGGCCAUAAACGGUCAUCCAGCUGGGGACGUACAUAUUCCUUCACAAGUGCCAUGAGCAGAGGAUGUGUGACAGAGGAGGACAACACAAAUGUGAAAGCUGGGGCCCAGGCUAUGCUGCAGGUCUUUCUUACAAAUGCUGCGAAUGUCUUUUUGCUGGAGCCAUGUGCUGAGGUCCCCACGCUCCUGAGAGAACAAGUGGAUGCUUGCAAAGCUGUGCUGAUUAUUUUUCGGCGCAUGAUAAUGGAACUUACAAUGAAUCAAAAGACAUGGGAGCAGAUGUUGCAAAUCCUUCUCAGGAUAACAGAAGCUAUCAUGCAGAAGCCAAAGGAUAAGCAUGUAAAGGACUUGUUUGCCCAGAGUUUGGCAGGGUUGCUUUUCAGGACACUUAUCGUGGCUUGGAUCCGAGCAAACCUCUGUGUGUACAUUUCUCGGGAGCUUUGGGAUGACUUUCUAGGUGUGCUGUCAUCCCUCACAGAGUGGGAGGAGCUCAUCACCGAGUGGUCCAACAUCAUGGACUCUUUGACAGCGGUGCUCGCAAGAACUGUGUAUGGAGUUGAGAUGACAAACCUACCUCUAGAUAAAUUAAGUGAACAGAAGGAGAAGAAACAGCGUGGCAAAGGUUGUGUUUUAGAUUCCCAAAAAGGGGCCGCUGUGGGUAGAUCCUUUUCUCUCAGCUGGCGUAGCCAUCCAGAUAUGACAGAGCCAAUGAGAUUCAGAAGUGCUACCACAUCUGGAGCACCAGGAGUUGAGAAGGCCAGAAAUAUUGUUCGCCAAAAAGCAACUGCUAAGCGAAGCCAGUCUAUCAGCAACUGUGUCCACCUCUCUGAGGCUUUGCCUGCCACUAAAAGCGUCCCGCUCCUUCUCCAUACCGUGAGCGCUCUCUUCCCUGGUCUCUCUUACUCUUCUUGCUCUCACAGGCUGUCAGAAGUGGAGGAAUUCCAGCAGGCAGAGAGUACACCCACAGCCGACUCUGAUUAUCUUGUGGUGGGACAGCAGCAGGUCCCCCGGAGCAGCAGCACCUCUGACAUCACUGAGCCUUCUCAAGGUCAAAAGGUAGAAAACUCACAAAAUUUGAGCUCUUCAGAACCCAGGUCUCUUCAAGAGAGUAAAGAACACGUGAAACGAGAACAUGAAGGAAUAACAAUCUUGGUUCGAAGGAGCAGCAGUCCUGCUGAGCUGGAUCUGAAGGAUGAUUUACAGCAGACACAAGGAAGAUGCAGGGAGAGACAGAAGAGUGAAAGUACUGGUAGCGACACAGCUUUGGGCUCCAACACUGAGACAGAGCUACCCAUGAGCCCAUGGCAGACUUGUGAUGAGGACCCAGAACUCAACACUCCCACAGAUGCUGUGCCAGACUCUGAUGCCCGCCACUGGUUACAACUGAGUCCUGCUGAUGCUUCAAACUUAACAGACAGCAGAGAAUGUCUUGCAGACGACUGUAGUAUAAUUGCUGGAGGGAACCUCACUGGUUGGCACCCAGAUUCUGCUGCUGUGUUAUGGCGAAGAGUCUUGGGAAUCCUUGGGGAUGUGAAUAAUAUCCAGUCACCGAAGAUCCAUGCCAGGGUUUUUGGCUAUCUCUAUGAUCUGUGGUACAAGCUGGCCAAGAUACGAGACAAUCUAGCGAUAAGCCUGGAUAACCAGUCGUCUCCAUCUCCUCCGCUCCUGAUCCCACCACUCAGAAUGUUUGCAUCAUGGCUAUUCAAGGCUACAACUCUGCCAAAUGAAUAUAAGGAAGGCAAACUGCAAGCCUACAAACUGAUCUGCGCCAUGAUGACCAGACGCCAGGAUGUUCUGCCAAACUCAGAUUUCCUGGUACAUUUCUACCUUGUGAUGCACCUGGGAUUAACCAGCGAGGACCAGGAUGUCUUAAACACUAUCAUAAGAAACUGUUCACCCCGCUUUUUCUCCCUGGGUUUGCCUGGUUUCUCAAUGCUGGUCGGGGACUUUAUCACUGCUGCUGCCAGGGUCCUCAGUACAGACAUGUUGGCGGCACCCCGGGCAGAAGCUCUCACUCUCCUCGGCUCCCUCGUCUGCUUCCCAAAUACCUACCGGAAGAUCCCUCUGCUGCAGUCAGUGUCAGAAGGGAGUGAGGUCGGCACAGGAACGGAAGAUGUCAAGCAUUACCUCAUAAAUAUUUUACUGAAGAAUGCUACCGAGGAACCAAAUGAAUGUGCAAGAUGCAUUGCCAUUUGCUCCCUCGGGGUCUGGAUCUGUGAAGAGCUUACACAGUGUGCCAGCCAUCCUCAGGUGAAGGAUGCCAUCAAUGUGAUAGGUGUAACUUUGAAGUUUCCUAACAAGAUCGUGGCUCAGGUAGCCUGUGAUGUUCUUCAGCUGCUGGUUUCCUACUGGGAAAAGCUUCAGAUGUUUGAAACUGCUCUACCGCGAAAAAUGGCCGAAAUCCUCGUGGCCACAAUUGCAUUUCUUUUACCAAGUGCUGAGUACUCCUCAGUGGAAACAGAUAAAAAGUUUAUUGUGUCCUUGCUCCUCUGCCUCUUGGACUGGUGCAUGGCUCUGCCUGUGAAUGCCCUUCUCCACCCUGUGUCCACGGCGGUUCUGGAGGAGCUGCACCCACCCCGGGCUCCCUUAUUGGAUUAUAUAUACAGGGUUCUGCACUGCUGUGUCUGUGGCUCAAGCACAUACACACAGCAAAGUCACUACACUUUGACCUUGGCUGACUUGUCAUCCACGGAUUAUGACCCCUUCCUGCCUCUGGCAAAUGUGAGGAACUCCGAGCCAGUCCAGUACCACUCAUCAGCAGACCUGGGGAACCUGCUCACUGUGGAAGAUGAGAAGAAGAGAAGAAGUGUGGAAUUGAUCCCCCUUACCGCACGAAUGGUGAUGGCCCACCUAGUGAACCACCUAGGCCACUAUCCACUGAGUGGGGGCCCUGCCAUGCUGCACAGCCUGGUCAGUGAGAACCAUGACAAUGCCCACGUGGAAGGUGCUGAGCUAUCCUCGGAGGUGUUCAGGAGCCCAAACCUGCAGCUCUUCGUAUUUAAUGAUAGCACCCUUAUCUCCUACCUUCAGACACCUGCAGAAGGACCAGAUGGAGGGACUUCAGGGGCUUCCCUUUCAGAUGUAAGAGUCAUUGUGAGGGAUAUCUCAGGCAAGUACUCUUGGGAUGGCAAGGUUUUAUAUGGACCUCUGGAAGGCUGCUUGGCACCCAGUGGAAGGAAUCCCUCAUUUCCAGUUUCUGGUUGGCAUCAACACACGUGCGGACCUCAGAAAGAUUUGUCUCACAGUGAGGAGGGAGAUGACGCGCUUGAUAAAUUACUUGAAAGCAUUGGCCAUACAAGCCCUGAAUGCCUUUUACCAUCACAACUCAAUCUAAAUGAGCCUUCCCCACCCCCAUGUGGGAUGAACUGUGACCAAGAGAAGGAAAUCAUUGAGGUCAUCCUGCGCCAGAGCAUACAGGAAGAUGAGUAUGUUCAGAGGUGUAACUCUAAUUCUGCAGUGAAGGUCACCAGCCAAAGGCAGCCCUCCCCAGUGGAGCCGCGAGGACCCUUUUAUUUCUGCAGGUUGUUGCUUGAUGACCUGGGAAUGAAUUCCUGGGACAGAAGAAAGAAUUUUCAUUUGUUGAAGAAAAAUUCAAAAUUAUUGCGAGAGCUAAAGAAUCUGGAUUCACGUCAGUGCCGUGAGACACACAAGAUAGCAGUGUUUUACAUUGCUGAAGGUCAAGAAGACAAGUGUUCCAUCUUAGCCAAUGAAAGAGGAAGCCAAGCCUAUGAAGACUUUGUUGCUGGUCUUGGAUGGGAGGUGGAUCUCUCAACCCACUGUGGGUUCAUGGGUGGUCUUCAGCGCAACGGCAGCACAGGACAGACAGCCCCUUACUAUGCUACCUCAACUGUGGAAGUCAUUUUCCACGUUUCCACUCGGAUGCCAUCAGAUUCAGAUGAUUCACUCACCAAAAAGCUCCGUCACCUGGGGAAUGACGAGGUUCACAUCGUCUGGUCUGAACACUCCAGAGACUACCGCAGGGGUAUUAUCCCAACAGCCUUUGGAGACGUUUCGAUCAUUAUUUACCCAAUGAAGAAUCAUAUGUUCUUUAUCACGAUAACAAAGAAACCUGAGGUUCCGUUCUUUGGGCCUCUGUUCGACGGAGCCAUCGUGAGUGGGAAGCUGCUGCCAAGCCUUAUCUGUGCCACUUGCAUCAAUGCCAGCAGAGCGGUGAAGUGCCUCAUCCCACUCUAUCAGAGCUUCUACGAAGAGCGAGCUCUGUAUCUGGAAGCAAUAAUUCAGAACCACCGGGAAGUCAUGACAUUUGAGGAUUUCGCAGCUCAAGUCUUUUCUCCCUCUCCCAGCUACUCUCUCAGUGGAACGGGGGUCUUGACCUCCAGCCUGAGUGUGAACCCCAAGAAAAUCCUCCAUGUGGAAGACACAGGCAAGAGUCCCCUGCUUUACCCAGAACCCUCAGACCCAGGCUCCUGGAAACUGCCACUGUGCCAGCGUGUGCAGCAAGCCUUCCCAUUGUCGGGCUGCCAAGGUCAGAAGUGAUGUAGUUUGUGUGAAACUUUCAAACAAGGCUGUGUCCUCUUGUCCUGGAAUCUCAUAAACCCUGGACUUCAGAAGAAGAAGAGAAGAAGUUGCCAUCAGUCAGGAACAAGUCUGCUGUCAUGUGAACAAUGGAUAGUCUGGAGCCUCUAGUCAGAACACAGUAGCAAAGGGCUCGGGGCCCACAGGGAAAGGGCAGAGGACACUUGUCUGCGUUCCCGAGUUGUUUUCCUGUCAUGUAUAUACCCAAGCUUGGUUCCCAAAAGGGCUGACAAAACAAUUGUGUAACUGUUGGAGGGAUUUCCUCCAUAAUGAUUUUGCUAAUCCUUGUGUUAGGGUUUACAGUUUAAUUCAAACUUUUCAUCAUCAAAAUUUCGUCAUCAUGGAAACUGGCUGUCCCCAGGGUCUUUUCCCAUAGGAAGUUUUUACCUCCAUCACUGAACCUUUCUCCACCUGGUACCUGAGAUCCACUGACUUAGAUUUUCCUGGCAACAUAGUUCUGCCAGAUCUGGACAGUGAUGUUUCACACGGAGCGAUCAGAAGUAUCCGGAAGUAUAGGCCUGUCCGCAUGAGAGCACUAAGCCGAUAUCUCAACCCUGCGCAGGCCAGCUCAGCCCAGCCUAGCUUAGUUCAGCUCAGCCCUGCCCAGCUCAGAUCAGCCCAGAUCAGCCAUACCUAGCCCAGCCCAGCCCUGCUCAACCCUGCUCAGCUCAGUCCAGCCUAGCUCAGCCCUGCCCAGCUCAGCCCUACCCAACCCUGCUUAGUCCUAUCCAGCCCAGCCCUGCCCAGAUCAACCCUGCCCAGCCCCGCUCAGCCCAGCCCUACCCAGAUCAGCUCUGCUCAGCCCAGUUCAGCCAAGCCCAGUCCUGCUCAGCCCUGUUCAGUCCAGCUCAGCCCAGCACCACCUACAUCAACACACAAGAUUAGUACCUGUUCCAGCUCCAGGGCUGACCAGCACCCACAUUGUGUCCAGUACCGCCCAAAUCUCACUGGUAGUCUUCCUCCUACCUAUUGCUCAAAAACCAAGACAGGCCUUGGAAACAAUUCUUGUCACUUAAGUUUUAGGGUAACAGAUU